AUGGCUGAAGAGCAAUCUCAAGAACAACUACAUCAUAUUUUGAUUCCGGUUGUAACUGAAGAGCGGCAUCAAGAACAAGAACCAUCACCAAUUUGUGAUGUUGAUCGUCUCGAACAUGAUCCUGGUUUAAGAGUGCCUAUUGCAAGCUAUAAUGUCAAUGAUCAAAAUGCGAUACGGAGAGAAUAUAUUUUAAAAGGUCCAUGCCAACCUUAUGCCCAUGAUUACCCAACCAGGAACAUAUACGGUUUGCCAUGCUGUGGACAUGAUGAAAGUGAGGAAUCUAGCAAUAAAGGGAACUUUCUUGAACUUUUGGACUGGCUUGCAGGAAAUAAUGAAGAGGUUAAUAAGGUUGUUCUGAAAAAUGCUCCAAGAAAUUCUGAUGAGUCUAGUGAUAUAUCACAUAAAGAACAACUAGCUCUUUGUUUACAUUAUGUUGAUAAACUUGGAAGGCUCCAAUUGAUUUUUGUUGUUGUUGCCAAAGGAAAUGUUGGUUGUGCUACUUUCUUUGGACAAGUUUCUCGCUUACUGAAUAUUAUUGGAGUUUCUUGUAAGCGCCAUGACAUGCUUCGAGAUGUUAGAGCUCAAAAACUUAAGACUGCACUAGAGUUGGGUGAAAUAGACAGUGGUAGUGGAUUAAAUCAAGAGAUGGUGAUAACUAGACCUGGUGACACUCGGUGGGGUUCUUAUUACAAAACUAUUUUACACAUUAUUGAUAUGUAUUCUACAAUUCGAGAAGUACUUAUAACUCUUGGAAAGGAUCCCAAACAAAGAAAUAAUUGGCCGAAUAUACAUGCUAUGGUUGAUGUUUUGGAGUCAUUUGAGUUUGUUUUUAAUGCACACUUGAUACUUAUCAUUCUUGGAUACACAAAUGAAUUGUCUCAAUCUUUGCAAAAGAGGGACCAAGAUAUUGUUAAUGCAAUGUCACUUGUGACUUUGGCGAAGGGAAGACUGCAACAAAUGAGGUCUCAUGGGUGGGAAGAAUUCUUUGAAGAAAAGGUUAAAUUAUUUUGCAUUAAACAUGGAAUUGAUAUUCCUGCAUUGGAUGGUAGAUAUGUGCCUCAUGCAAGAUCCCCACGGUUUUAUCCAGUUCAAACAAUUGAUGAUCAUUAUAGAAGAGAAGUAUAUAUUGGUGUCAUUGAUCAAAUUCGGUAA